AUGUGUCAGUCAACGAGUGCUGACGCGGCAGAGCUUAGUCCUUACCCCGCUGCGGUGCCCAGCCACAGCGGUAAUCUCGAGGCGACAGUCGCAAUUUCUCGCGCCUGGGAUGAGAGGCUGACACGUUGCCACUGUACUCCUUGGAGGUCAGACUGGGUCACGCUGGGCCCUCCACCACCUUCAGGCCUCCAUUCAGGCCCUCCACCUUCAGGCCCUCCACCACCUCAGGCCCUCCACCACCUUCAGGCCCUCCCACCACCUUCAGGCCCUCCGGCGCUUCAGGCCUCCAUCAACCUUCCCAACCACCUUCAGGGGCCCUCACCUUCCCUCCAAGCCUCCACCUUUCCACCACCUUCAGGGCUCCACCUUCCAGGCCCUCCACACCUUCAGGUCAGCCCUCCACCUUCAGGUCACCCCCACUUCAGGCCCUCCACCUUCAGGCCCUCCACCUUUCAGGCCCCACCUUCAGGCCUCCACCUUCAGGCCCUCACCUUCAGCCCUCCACCACCUUCAGGCCCUCCACCUUCAGGCCCCACCACCUCAGGCCCUACCUUCAGGCCCUCCACACCUUCAGGCCCCACCACUUCAGGCCCUCCACCACCUUCAGGCCCUCACCAACUUCACCCUCCCAUUCAGGCAGGCCCACCACCUUCAGGCCCUCCACCACCUUCAGGCUCCACCACCUUCAGGCCCUCAGGCCACCUUCAGGCCCUCCACCUUCAGGCCUCACCUUCAUCCAGGCCCUCACCUUCACACCACCUUCAGGCCCUCCACCACCUUCAGGGCUCCACACCUUCCAGGCACCACCUUCAGGCCCCUCCACCACCUUCAGGCCUCCACACCUUCAGGCCCUCCACCACCUUCAGGCCUCUCACCACCCUUCAGGCCCUCCACCACCUUCAGGCCUCCACCCCCACCUCACCACACUUCAGGCCCUUCCACCACCUUCAGGCCCUCCACCACUUCACCACCUUCAGGCCCUCCACCACCUUCAGGCCUCCACCACCUUCACACCACUUCAGGCCCUCCACACCACCUUCAGGCCCUCCACCACCUUCAGGCCCUCCACCACCUUCAGGCCCACUUCAGGCCUCCACACCUUCAGGCCUCCACCACCUUCAGGCCUUCAGGCCCUCCACCACCUUCAGGCCCUCCACCACCUUCAGGCCCUCCACCACCCUUCAGGCCCUCACCACCUUCAGGCCUCACCACCUUCCUCACCACCUUCAGGCCCUCCACCACCUUCAGGCCCCUCACCACCUUCAGGCCUGCCCUCCACCACCUUCAGGCCUCCACCACCUUCAGGCCCUCCACCUUCAGGCCCCCCACCCUUCAGGCCACCACCUCCAGGCCCUCCACCUUCAGGGCCUCCACCUUCAGGCCCUCCACACCACCCUCCACCACCUCAGCCCCCACCUUCAGGCCCUCCACCUUCAGGCCUCCACCUCAGGCCCUUCAUCUUUAGGCCCUCCACCCUCAGGCUCUCCACCUUCAGGCCCUCCACCUUCAGGCCCUCCACCUUCAGGCCUUCAUCUUUCAGGCCCUCACCUCUCAGGCCCUCCACCUUCAGGCCCUCCACCUUCAGGCCCUCCACCUUCAGGCCCUCCACCUUCAGGCUCUCCACCUUCAGGCCCUCCCUUCAGGCCUCCACCUUCAGGCCUCUUCCUCCUUCAGGCCUCCCCCACCUUCAGGCCCACCCUUCAGGCCCUCCACCUUCAGGCCUCCACCUUCAGGCCCUCCACCUUCAGGAUCUACAGGAGGAGGGCCGUGGCGUUAGGAGAGCAUGCACCUGGCGCUAAUGAAGGGCGGAGUUUCAUUGCAGCGUUUAAUUGGCUGCGCUUCCACGCGUCCGAGUGCGAUUCCUAUGAAGAUUUUGCUUGUUAUACACUGCUUUUAGGGGAAGCCUUCCCCACAAGACGCCCCAAGCCGUCCAUCGUCCUUAACAAACGGCAGAUAACGGUCAGUGACACCUGGGCGACCGCGGUCUUAGCUGAAGGCGACAUGAAGCCAAAAGGGUUAGAGGAACAUGCUCAUCAUCUUAACCGCUUCGACCCUGUGGUUGCGUAA